AUGGCUCGCUGCAGCACAAGUAGCAGCGUUGCAUCGCAAUCUGGAGAGUUACUGCUCUCGGCGAUUCUGGGGCCAUCCCGCUCGCCAGCCUCUGAUCCGCCCGGCAUGUCUUCGGAGCUCGCAGUGCAAGCGACACCAUGGCUGGCGAGAGCUUUGAUAUCCGACCAUCCGCCAGGGACUGAAGCCGAAAACGGCUUGUCAUUCGGCAUCAGGCCUGCGCGGAGAGACUCGCGGAUGAUGUCGUCAGCGACAUCCUCCACAUGCACGCCCCCGACAAUCUCUGUCAUCACACGCGCCGUCCCGGCGUAG